CGUCGACAUGAUCGGGGGAGGAGAAGGAGGCUUGCAUCCAAGUCUAGCAAACAUGGUUGUUACAAAAAUCCCACACGUGGGGCCCGUCUAUGGCGGUUUGAGGACCGGAAUGUUUUUGACCUUCAGGGGAACCCUUCCUGAGGAGAUCAAAAGUUUUUCAAUCAACCUGCAGUAUGGGCAGCUGAAUGACGCUGACAUAGCCUUACACUUCAACCCCCGAAUUGAUUCCAAUGUGGUGGUGUUCAACACCUUCCGGAGUGGCAAAUGGGAAGAGGAGGAGAAGCCCUCUGAGAUGCCCUUUCAAAAGGGGAAGGACUUUGAGACAGUCAUCCUGAUCAACCCAGAGGGUUACCAGGUGUAUGUGAACGGUCGUUACUUCUACUUGUUCAAGCACCGCAUGCCAGUGGAGCAUGUGAGUGCCAUUAAGAUAGUUGGGGACGUCACCAUGAAAACCGUCAACAUGAUAGAGGGAGGAGAAGGAGCACCUAAACUGCCACCUCCAGGACCGGUGGUGGUUAGUACCACCCCACAUUUGGAGCCCAUCACUGGCGGACUGAGGCCUGGGAUGUAUCUGUACUUCAAGGGAACCGUUCCUCAAGCGGUCAAACGUUUUUCCAUCAACCUGCAGUAUGGGCAGAUCGAAGGAUGUGACAGGGCCUUACACUUCAACCCACGGUUCGACACCGAAGAGGCGGUGGUGUUCAACUCCUUCAAGAACGGCAACUGGGAAGAGGAGGAGAAGCCCACUGAGAUGCCCUUCAAAAAGGGGAAGGACUUUGAGACAGUCAUCAUUAUCACCACAGAAGGCUACCAGGUGUUCGUAAACGGUCGUCACUUCCACUUGUUCAAGCACCGCAUGCCGGUGGAGCAAGUGAGUGCUAUAGAGAUCCUUGGGGAUGUUUCCAUACAGCACAUCAACAUGAUUGAGGGAGGACAGAGACAACUAACUCUGGGAAAGAUUGAGAUUACUAAAAUCCCACACGUGGAGGCCACCUAUGGCGGUUUGAGGCCAGGGAUGUAUCUGUACUUCAAGGGAACUGUUCCCCAAGAUAUCAAAAGUUUUGCCAUCAACCUGCAGUAUGGGCAGAUCGAAGGAUCUGACAUAGCCUUCCACUUCAACCCCCGAUUCGAUCCCUCACCAGUGGUGGUGUUCAACUCCUUCAAGAACGGCACCUGGGAAACGGAGGAGAAGGUCGAUGUGAUGCCCUUCACUAAGGGGGAGGAGUUUGAGGUGGUCUACAUUAUCACCUUAGAGGGCUACCAGGUGAACAUAAACGGUCGCCAGUACUACCUGUUCAAGCACCGCAUGCCGGUGGAGCACGUGAGUGCCGUGAACAUCACUGGGGACAUCUCCAUGAAGACCCUGAACAUGAUCCCGGGAGGACAAACUGUGGAGGGUCAUGGAAAGAUUGAGGUUCCUAGCAUCCCACACGUGGGACCCGUCUAUGGCGGUUUGAGGCCGGGGAUGGCUCUGUUCUUCCGUGGAACAAUUCCCGAAGACAUCCAGAGCUUUGCCAUCAACCUGCAGUAUGGGACGAUUAAAGGCUCUGACAUAGCCUUCCACUUCAACCCCCGCUUCGAGCCUUCAGACGUGGUGGUGUUCAACAGCUUCAAGAAUGGCAACUGGGAAGAGGAGGAGAGGGUAGAGGCGAUGCCCUUAGUACAUGGAGAGAGCUUUGAGAUGGCUAUCCUUGUCACCGUAGAGGGCUACCAGGUGAUCAUAAACGGUCAGCGGUACCACUUGUUCAAACACCGCAUGCCGGUAGAGCACAUCAGCGCCCUAGAGAUCACUGGGACCAUCUUCAUUCAGUCCGCCAACAUGGUCGCGGGAGGAGAUGUACAGAUUAAAGAAAAACCAGUUGUAGAAGAAAAAGUACCAGAGACCCUCCCACAUGUGGAGCAUGUCCCUGGCAAUUUGGUGACAGGGAAGGCUCUGUUUUUCAAGGGAACAAUUCCCAGUGAGAUCGCAAGUUUUGCCAUCAACCUGCUGUGUGGGUACACGAAAGACUCUGACAUAGCCUUCCACUUCAACCCCCGGUUCGAGCCCACCAAGGCGGUGGUGUUGAACUCCUUCCAGAAAGGCAGCUGGGAAACAGAGGAGAAGGUCGAUGAGAUGCCCUUCAAUAAGGGGGAGAGCUUCGAGCUGGUCUAUAUUAUCACUGCAGAGGGCUUCCAGGUGUACGUAAACCGUCGUAAGUUCUGCUUUUUCAAGCACCGUAUACCAGCGGAGCAAGUGAACGCUGUGCAGGUCGUUGGGGAAGUCUUCAUACAGACCACCAGCUGCAUUGACGAAGUAGAAGUACAGAAGGAAGAUGUACAUGAAAUCGAUCAUACUGAGGUUAUGGUGGUCACCCAGUCUGCGCCCGUCCCAACUGGUUUGAAGGCUGGGAUGUCAGUGUUCUUCCCGGUAACAAUUCCCGAGGAUAUCACCAGGUUCAUCGUUGACCUGUCAUGUGGAGACACUGAGGGCAGUGACAUAGCAUUCCGCUUGAGCUCCCAGUUCAAGCCCUCGGAGGAGGUGGUGUUCAACAGCUUCCAGAAUGGCCAGUGGGGAGAAGAGGAGAAGGCCGAUGGGAUGCCCUUCAUUAAGGGGGGGAACUUUUUGUUGUUCUUCCUUGUCACCCCAGUGGGCUACCAGAUAACCGUAAAUGGCAUUCCGUUCCACUUGUUCAAGCACCGCAUCGAAAUGGGUCAAGUGCGUGCCGUAAAGGUCUAUGGGAACAUAACCCUUCUGACGAAAAUCAACGUACACGAGGAAGUAAUACCAGAACCCGAGAAGAAACCAGAAGAAGAAGUAAGAGAGGUCAUCCAAUCUCAGGUACCCGUUCCAGGCAGCUUGAAGACAGGAACGACACUGACCUUCAAGGGAGUGAUUCCCAAGGAGAGCAGAAAGUUCAGCAUCAACCUGCAGUGUGCAGACACUCCAGGCAGUGACAUAGCGUUCCACUUCAACCCCCAGUUUGAAACGUCUUUGGUGAUGUUCAACACCUUCCGAAACGGCGUCUGGGAGGAGGCAGAGAAGGUUGAUAAGAUGCCCUUCACUAGGGGGGAGUCAUUUGUGCUGGUCUAUAUCAUCACCUUAGAAGGUUACCAGGUGAACAUAAACGGCACUGAGUUCUACUUGUUCAAGCACCGCAUACCGCUGGAGCAAGUGAGAACCUUGCAGGUCACUGGGGACGUUUCUGUGCCAACCAUCGACGUCGUAGAGGGAGCCGGACAAUAUCCAACUCCAGCAGAACUGGGGACUGUCCAAUUUCUGGAACCUGUCCAAGGCACUUUGAAGACAGGGACGACACUGACCUUCCAAGGAACGGUACCUGAUGUGACCAAGAGGUUCAGCAUCAACCUGCAGUGUGGGGAUGCUAAAGAGAGUGACAUAGCGUUCCACUUCAGCCCUCAGUUUGACACGUCGGUGGUGGUGUUCAACACCUUCCGAAACGGCAGCUGGGAGGAGGCGGAGAAGGUUGAAAAGAUGCCCUUCACUUUGGGGCAAGCAUUUGUAGUGGUCUAUAUCAUCACCUUAGAAGGUUACCAGGUGACCAUAAACGGCACUGAGUUCUACUUCUUCAAGCACCGCAUACCACUGGAGCAAGUGAGAGGCCUGCAUGUCGCUGGAGACGUCCUCAUGAAGACCGUGAACGUUGUGGAACCGGUUCCAAAAUAUCCAAGUCCAGCGCAACUUGGGCCUGUCCAAUCUGUGGCACCCAUGCCAGGCAAUCUGAAGGUGGGGAUGUCAAUGGCCUUCAAGGGAAUUAUUCCCAUGGACAUUACCAGGUUCUGCAUCAAUCUGCAGACCGGAGUGACCGAGGCCAGUGACACAGCCUUACACAUUAACCUGCUGUUUGACACCUCAGAGGUGGUGUUCAACACAUUCCGCAAUGGCAGCUGGGAAGAGGCCGAGAAGGUCGCUGAGAUGCCCUUCACUAAGGGCCAGGCCUUUGUUCUGGUCAUCAUCAUCACCGCAGAGGGCUACCAGAUGAAUGUAAAUGAUAAGCAAUUCUACCUCUUCAAGCACCGCAUAUCCUUUGAUCAAGUACGCUGCCUGCAGGUCAUUGGGAAUGUCUCCAUGGAGACCGUAAAUAUCAUCCAGGAAACCGUACGGUCAUUUACAAGUCCAGCACGAAUUGGGACCAUCCAAUCUGUGGUGCCCAUGCCUGAGAGUUUGAAGUCAGGGAUGUCAAUGUCCUUCGAGGGAACAAUUCCUCAAGAUAUCACCUGUUUCUGCAUCAACCUGCAGUGUGGAGACACUGACGACUGUGACACGGCGUUCCACUUCAGUCCCCAGUUCGAGACCUCGGGUGUGGUGUUCAACUCCUUCCAGCACGGCGCCUGGGGAGAACAAGAGAAGGUCCAUGAAAUGCCUUUCUGUAAGGGGCAGAGCUUUGUGUUGCUCAUCAAUAUCACCUCGGCAGGCUACCAGGUGAAGGUGAACGGAAAUGAGCUCUACUUGUUCAAGCACCGCAUACCAGUGAAGAGAGUGACUGCCCUGCAGGUCAUUGGAAACGUCUCCAUACAGACUGUCAGCAUUAUUGAGACUGCCCCAUCUGUGACACCACUUCCCGGUGGUUUGGCAUUGGGGACAACUGUGACCUUCCUGGGAAUGAUUCCCAAUGAAAGCACUGGGUUCAACAUCGACCUGCAGUGUGGGACCGCGGAAGGCUCCGACACGGCCUUCCGCUUCUGCCCACAGUUCGAUCCCUCACCGGCGGUGGUGUUCAACUCCUGCCGGAACGGCAGCUGGGAAACGGAGGAGAGGGUCGAUGUGAUGCCCUUCCAUAAGGGAGAAGACUUUCAGCUGGUCAUGAUCAUCACCUCUGAGGGCUACCAGGUGAACAUAAAUGGUCACGAGUUCUACUUGUUUAAGCACCGCAUUCCAGUAGAGCAAGUGAGAGCCCUUCUGAUUGCCGGGAACGUCAACAUGCCAACUGUCAACAUCGUAGAGGGAGCAAUGUUGGGCUUGCAUGGAACCGCAAGUUUCGAAACAGUGGUUGUUACUAGCGGGCCAAUAGUGGUACCCAUCCCAGACGGUCUUAAGGAGGGGACGUCCGUGAGCUACAAGAUUACAGUUCCCCAGAAUAUCCCAAGCUUUAGCAUUGACCUGAUGGGCGGGGAGGCUGCAGGCUGCGACCUAGCGCUCCACUUCAACGCCCAAUUUGAGCCAGAAGAGGUGGCGGUGUUCAACAGCUUCCAGAGCGGCGCCUGGGGACAGGAGGAGAGGGUCGCUCCGAUAGCCUUCCAUAGGGGGGAUAGCUUUGAGCUGCUCUUCAUGGCCACCAAAGCGGGCUACCAGGUGAAAGUGAACGGCGCUGAUUUCCACAUGUUCGCGCACCGCAUUCCGGUGGAGCAUGUGACCACCAUGCAGAUCAGUGGGAACAUCAACCUGGAGACCGUCAACAUCAUCCAGGGAGGAGUUUUCGACAUGGGGUGUCUCGAUCCAAUGGCGGUUUCUGGAUCUAUGGGCGGCCAGUGGACUUGUGAAGUAAAGGAGAUUCCGAUGUGAUGUCAGAAAUCCAACAUUAAUUCUUUACGGGAGUAACAGUAUUUUCCAUAUCAUGAUCCGCUUUGGGAAAUCAGAGGUUUUAGGUGUUUGCAAAUGUUUGACUCCACUGUACCCCAACCUUCGCCCAGACAAGCUGGAAAACAUUGAUAUCACUGUAUCAACACCUCUGUUCUGAUGUCACUCUUCUGAUACCCUGCUGAUGCCACUGUUAUAAUACCCUGCUCUCAUGUCACUGUUUUGAUGUCACUGUCCUGAUACCAUGCUCUGAUGUCACUGUUCUGAUACCCUGCUCUGAUACCAUGCCCUGAUGUCACUGCUCUGAUACCCUGCUUUGAAGCCCCCUCACAUCCUAGCUUUUAGUGCCAGAUGACCACUCCAGAGUCCUCAGCUUCCAGGCUUAUUCCUCUGCCUUCUGCUCAUAUAGGCUGUUUGUUGCUGGUGAUAGGGGCUGUGUUUCACACAGUCAGUUAAUAAACACUAUCAUGCAUUCUAAA